CCCUUGCCAAAAACCGACUUUUUAUUCCCCCCGAUCCCGUCCUUCACUUCGCACACACUCUCCCCCCGAUCUCGGCCAUGGCUGCGCCGCCGCCGGCGGCGACGGAGAAGAAGAAGACGUUCGUGCUCUACCCGUCGCUGGGCGUGGGCCACCUGAACCCCAUGGUGGAGCUGGCCAAGCACCUGCUCCGCCGCGGCCACAGCGCCGUCGUCGCCGUCGUCGACCCGCCCGACGGCGACCCCACCUCGGCCGUCGCGGUGGCGCGCCUCGCCGAGGCCAACCCCUCCAUCGCCUUCCGGCUCCUCCCGGCCCCGCCCAGCCCGGACCCCGCCGCGCACCCCAUCAAGCGCGCCCACGACACCCUCCGCCUCGCCAACCCCGCGCUCCGGGCCUUCCUGCGCGCGCUGCCGGCCCCCGCCCACGCCAUCCUCCUCGACAUGUUCUGCGUCGACGCGCUCGACGUCGCCGCCGACCUCGCCCUCCCCGCCUACUUCUUCUUCGCCUCCGCCGCCAGCGACCUCGCCGUCUUCCUCCACAUGCCGUACCUCUACCCCGGCCUGCCGUCGUUCAAGGACAUGGGCGAGGCGCUCGUGCGCAGCCCCGGCAUGCGCCCGGUCCGCGCGGCGGACAUGCCGCUGUCGGUGCAGGACAAGGAGAGCGACAUGACCAAAGCCCGGAUGUACCAGUUCAAGCGCAUCGCGGAGGGGAGGGGCGUCCUGGUCAACACCUUCGACUGGCUGGAGCCCACGGCCCUGAAGGCGCUCGCCGACGGCGUCUGCGUGCCCGGCCGGCCGACGCCGAGGGUGUUCUGCGUCGGGCCGUUGGUCAACGACGGCAAGAAGAGCGGGGACGGCGAGACGCGGCACGAGUGCCUCGCGUGGCUGGACGCGCAGCCGGAGCGGAGCGUCGUGUUCCUCUGCUUCGGCAGCAUCGGCGCCGUGUCCGCGGCGCAGCUGAGGGAGAUAGCCCAUGGGCUGGAGAGCUCCGGCCAUCGCUUCCUGUGGGUCGUACGGAGCCCACCUGCGGACCCGGCCGACGUCUUCCAGCCGCGCCCGGAGCCAGACCUGGACGCGCUCCUCCCCGAGGGGUUCACGGAGAGGACACGGGACAGAGGGAUGGUGCUGAAGAUGUGGGCGCCGCAGGCGGAGGUGCUGCGGCACGCCGCCACCGGCGCCUUCGUGACGCACUGCGGGUGGAACUCGGCGCUGGAGGCGAUCAUGGCCGGGGUGCCGAUGAUAUGCUACCCGAUGUACGCCGAGCAGGCGCUGAACAAGGUGUUCAUGGUGGAGGAGAUGAAGAUCGCCGUGCCGUUGGAGGGAUACGAGAAGAGAAUGGUGAAGGCGGGGGAGAUAGAGGCCAAGCUGAGGCUGGUGAUGGAGACUGAGGAAGGGACGGAGCUCAGGGAGACGCUUGCGACGGCGAGGAAGAUGGCGUCGGACGCCAUCGGCGACGGCGGGUCUUCUGACGUGGCAUUCGCCGAGUUCUUGGGAGAUUUGGAGAAUGGAGGAUGCAACAAUUGAUCAAGCUGGCUGGAUGACAGAUGUACUCUGCAAGGUUGGUAGUAACAACCUGCAGAUUUUCUCAGCAGCAUAGGAGAAAAAUAGAGUUUGUAUUACUGCAUUAGUGUGUCCAGUGCAGCAGGGAGGGCUCAUUGCUCACUCAAAUUAUUGUAUCAAUCAAAUUGAAUAAUGUCGGCACCAAAUUAUCAGAGAGGCAUGCGCCAAAUACAGCAGUUCAUUGUGAUUUUUUUGGGGGA